AUGGGACGCACUAAGGAACAGGCAGCGGCUGAUUUCACGGCUUUCCAACGCACCAUCCCUAGCUCGGAUAUUGUAAUCUUUUUAGAUGGAUCUAGGCUAGUAGAUGGACGUGCAGGGGGUGGCUAUAUUGGAUUUCAAGCACACCAUCAGUUCCUCCGCUCCUCGCUCUCAUACGGACAUGGGAAAGAAGUCUUCGAUGCUGAAGCAGAAGCUGCUCUAGCUGAUGCUCAAGCAGCAAUAGCAUACCCAACAGCUCAAUUUGCUACCAACCUAUGGAUCUGUCUUGACAACCUGGAAGUUACCACACGCCUUCUAUCUCCCUCUACAGGAUCUUCCCAAGAAAUCUUUGAAUCCUUCCGCACCCUUGCAGCCGCCUGGCCACUCCGCAAAAGGCUUCCUCACACCAAAGCGGCUGAUCUCGCUGCCAAAGAGGAAGCUGCCUCUAUCCCUCCUGCUCCACACAAGUCCUCAUACACCUCGCUAAAGAGAUACGCCAAGACUCAAUCCCUAUCCGCUGCUCAGUCACAAUGGCAGAAGGUGGCACCACAGAGUUAUCAAGAUCUAGAAAUAACUACUUCCCCUAAGCGCCCUGGGGAGCUUCAACUCAACCGACUUGACCUCAGCCAUAUUAUUGCAGCCCGUGCUGGUCAUGGAGACUUUGCAGACUACCAUGAACGUUUUAACCAUGAUGAUACUUACCUUCUCUGCAGAUGCGGAGCAUGA